AUGUGGGACUACGUAAAAAGUCACGCAUCUCUCCUCGUCCAACGCAUCCAAGCACUCGACUGGAGCCGCAGUGCUCUCGUUGUCGGCAGCGUGUUUAGUGCGAUGGUCGUUCUCACCGUGGCCUUCCCGCCCGUGCGACAGGCUGUUGUGUUUGCGUACAACUGUUUCCUCCAGCCGCUGGGCAAGACCAAGAACCAGGCCGAACGCCUGGAUCGUUUCUAUGAAAACCAGGCUGGUGUGUACGAUGCCACGCGCACAGGUCUGCUGCGUGGCCGCAAGACUAUGCUCAAGCUCUGUGCUGCCGAGAUGCGUCUCCUGCGCGAGAAGGAACCGAACCGCAAGCUCGUGUGGGUCGACAUUGGUGGUGGCACGGGCUGGAACAUUGAGCAGAUGGACAAGUUCUUCCCCAUCGCUGAGUUCGAUCAGAUUUACCUCAUUGACCUAUGUGAACCGCUGCUCAAGGUGGCUCGUGAGCGCUUCGAACGCCUCGGUUACAAGAAUGUGCAGGCCCUGUGCCAAAAUGCCAAAGACUUUACGCUGCCUGGCCUUCCCGACGAGCGCAAGGUGGAUCUGUUUACGUGCUCGUACUCCAUUUCGAUGAUCCCGCCUUUCUACGCCGUACUUGACCGUAUCAACGAAUUUCUUGACCCACGCGUGGGUGUGUUUGGUGUCGCCGACUUCUAUGUGUCGAGCAGCGAGUCGACGGCAGACCAGAUGACGCUUGUGGGUGGAUCCAUUAUGCAUCACUGCCACUGGUUCAACUCUUGGUUCUGGCGUCACUGGUUCGCGCUCGACCAUAUCCAGCUGCACCCUGCCCGCCGCGAAUACCUCGAACACAAAUUUGGCACGAUCAAGUGCUUUAACGGUCGCAACCACUUCAUUGUGCCUUACCUGAUUCAGAUUCCAUACUACGUGUGGCUGGGUGUGUCGCGUGAGCGCGACACGACAGCGGCGGUCACAGCCUUCGAGGUCGAGGCCGGUAACCACGUUGCUGUGCCGCCCACGUUCCCCGACAUCGCUCGUGAGCGUGUGCAGCGUAUGAACAAAACGACGACGGAAGGUGCUGUAGUGGAGCUGAAGAAUGACACAGCGAUCCAGUGGCCCCAGAGCUCGUUCCAUUACGGCUCGAAGGUUUGGCGCCUGCCUUUUGUCGAUAACCGCUUCAGCGACAUGUUCCGUACCUGGAUCUAUGGUUUCACGUGGGAAGACCCCUACGUUGACAUGGAGCAUCUCGAUCUGGGUCCUGAAGACUCGAUCCUGUGUAUCACGAGUGCCGGUGACAAUGCGCUGCAUUACGCGGCUGCCGCAAAGCCUCGUCGUAUCCACGCGGUCGACAUGAAUCCGUGCCAGGGUCACUUGCUGGAGCUCAAACUUGCUUCGAUCCUGACGCUGGACUACGAAACGUUCUGGCGCAUGUUCGGUGAGGGUAAAAUUAACAACUUCCCCGAGCUGCUGGAUGAGCGCAUCUCUCCCUAUAUCUCGUCUCAUGCGUACCAGUUCUGGAAGUCAAACAACCGCUCGUUUGAGCGUGCAUUCUACUUCCGUGGCUACUCGGGCCACGCUCUGCGCCUGGCCAAGACGGCUUUCCAACUUAUGGGCGCGAAAAAAGAUGUCGUGCAGAUGUGCACGACCAAGUCGCUCGAAGAACAAAAGCGGAUCUGGGACACCAAGGUCCGUAAGACCAUUAUCAAUGAAGCUCUGAUUCGUGUGUUUCUGUCCAACCCAGCUUUCCUUUGGAAUGCCUUGGGUGUGCCAAUGAAUCAGUUCAACAUGUUCAAAAACGAAGGCGUCUCUGUGGAGCAGUUUGCUGUCGACACGCUCGACCCCAUCCCCGCUCGUUCGCUCAUUUCGACGGACAACUACCACUACCGCCUCACUCUUAUGGGCAACUACAGCCGCGAGAGCUGCCCGCUCUACCUUAAGGAAGAUGCUUUCAAUGCGCUCAGGGCGGACAAUGGAAAGGCCCUCGACUGCUUCCGUCUCCACACCGAUGCCAUUGUCACGGUGCUGCGCGGCCUGCAGGACGGCAGUCUCACGCGUGCCAUCCUGAUGGACCAUAUGGACUGGUUCGAUCCGAUCGAUGACUCGGUACCGAUUCCUAAACUUGAGGCGGCCCGCAACGAAAACGACAAAACGGUCGCGGACCUCGACCGUGAAGUUGUGGAAAUUGCGCGUGUCAUUGCCAAGGGCGGCGCCGUAUUUUGGCGCAGCGCAGCCAAAUAUCCCUGGUACUCGAAGCGCUUCGAACUUGCCGGUUUCAAGGUCGCCCCUGUUCACAUCCGCGAGACGGGUAAGCCCAUUGACAACGUGAACAUGUAUGCAUCCUUCUACAAGGCCGUACGUUUGUAG